AUGAGUGUGAUGAAAGAAGAAUGUCGGUCGGGCAAACAUCGCGAUAACUGUAGAUCUUCUGAGGAACCAUGCCCAUUAAAUCUGCUUUCCAACCAACUGGUGUUAUUUUAUUAUUUUAGCGCGGGGUACUUGGAGGUUGUGUGGAAACGAGACACUUUAGAUGCCCAAGAGCAAGCCUGCAUGGACACAGAACCUGCCUCACUCCAAACGCAGCAUCACACGAACACUCGCAGCAUGUCAGCCAAACCCUCCCUUGGAGCAGCAAAUCAAUCCCGUCGACGAGGCACCAUCACAGAUGACAAGCUCGAUGGCAGCGGGGGUUCUGCGCCGCCGGCCUUCUCGUAUCGCGGCCUGGAGCUGGACAAGGAAAAGGGCAGCAACCUCAGGCUCGUCUCAAUUGAGCCGUCUUCGACCGCAACAAACGACGACGCUAUGGCCUGCACUUUGAGCGUCAGGCCUUUCGAGGACAGACCCCGGUUCGAAGCGCUGUCGUACAUGUGGGGGCCGGAGACGCCCCCUGGCGAGUGCCCGGAGAUCCUGCUGAACGGCGUGCGCUUCCCGGUCCGCGCCAACCUGCUCGGCGCACUGCAGUACCUCAGAAGUGAAAAAAGGGCAUCUGCCGGCGAGGCGGAGCCCGAAACGAGACUGUACUGGAUCGACGCCAUCUGCAUCAACCAGGAGGACAUCGAGGAGCGCAACCAGCAGGUGCCCAGGAUGAGACACAUCUACUUCAGGGCCUCCACUGUCGUGGUCUGGCUCGGGGCAGGUUAUGCGAACAUCCAGGACCGCAUCCCCGAGCUUAGCAUAGAGCCCCCUUCAGUGUCAGGCGAUGCCUACCCCAAGGAUGAGGCGGAUAUGGUUCAGCGGCUACAGAACGAUGCGUACUGGAGCAGGCUGCUGCAGGACCAUCAGAAGGCCGACUGCUCAGAACCGAGGGAUAAGGUGUAUGGGCUGCUUGGGCUCGCUUCCGAUGCGUCUGGCUUCCCAGUUGACUACAGGAAGUCUCUGAUGACGAUCUGGGAGGACACCAUGGUUUUCCUCAACGUGAAUCGGCUCAUCGGGGAUGGUUCUGAGAUUAUGCAAACCGGACAGCUGAUCAAGUACUUGCUGGCCUCGAGAGCGCCCAACCCACUCGCACAGUUGGUGCCUCGAGGCGACACGCCACUGGUCAGGGAGGAUACCCACAAUGGCAGAUCAUUCCAGCUUGACGCAAAGUAUCUUGGAUCCGUGGUCUACCUGGGACCUUCCACCACCGAGUUAAUCGCGCAACUCAGUGCGGUCGAUGUCUGGGAUGCCGCGGUGCAAGAUACAUUCCACGACACCGAGAGAGGGCAAGCAUGUCUGGAGAGUGAUCGCUUGCAAGAUUCUCUAUGGACCAUCUCACGAGAAACGUUGAAGCGUGCAUGCUUCAAUCAAACAAGCAGUAUCAGGUGGAGCCCGUCUCCGGUUGGUCCGGUAUAUUAUACUGCCGAAUGGAGCACCAAAGCUCGCGCGGCCUCUAGAGUUCCAGCAAGUGAGGAUGCAAACACACAGUUGGAGGCGAUGAGGAAGGCCCAACCUAUUGACCAGAGUGACCCGCGGCUCGUCUUGCUCAAGAAUUGGCCUUGGUCAUAUGAAGGAAACACAGAACGCAAAGUGGGCGUCGCCUCUGAUAGCGUUCUCGCGGGAGACUCAUUGUAUUGGGUAAAGCCCUCCCGCACAGCUCUCUUGGUCCGCAGCGGAUUCACUGAACCUGGUAAAGUAUACUGCCAGGUUGUUGGAACGGCACUGGUGGCUGAGGACCUGGUGUCACUGCGCGACAAGCAUUAUCAAAAUUGGGAAACGACCUACAAGGGCGAUACGAUCCUUGUCGAUGCGAUGACAAUUUUUACCAUCUUGGAAUAG